UCAGUCCUCUAUUAAACGCCAACCAAUCACAACACAAAAUUUAUUAAAUUAAAAUUAUAAUACCCUCUGCAAGGGUAUAAUGAAGAAAGCUUUCUUAAGAAUAAUAAAAAAAAAUGCUGCAUAAUGGACAAAACGACUUCGGAUACAUUAAAACAGGUACCCAUGGUUGCUGAGCCAAUGACAUCAUAUCCUGCAGAUAUGAAUGUUCCAAUCUCAACUGAUUCCCAGAAACAGGUGCCUAUGGUUGCUAUUCCUAUAAUGCAGCCACCUGAAGAUACUGAUUAUUUAGGGUUUACUGGUCAGGUGCCUAUGGUGGCUAUUUCACUGACAGAGGAGGAAGCUCUUCGUAUUAUAUCAGAUCCUUCAUAUACCUCCUCCGCCGAUUUGGAUGCCGUUGGAAAAUUGCCAAAUGUUGAAAAUCUUUCAAUUUCAACUCCAAUUGAUCAACAAAAAUUAGAGCCUGCUACGGUAGUCAUAUUGAAUCACGAGAUAUUCGAGAAUCACGAGAGAUAGUUCUAAGGAUGUUGAGUCUCUCUAUAAGACAUUCCACAAACUUGGAUGCUCGAUAGAAGUUCAUCAUAAUCCUGUUUUCGACGAAGUGUCUUCAAAGAUUAAGAAUUUAUCUAGAAGGAACUUCAAGCUCCAAUCUGCAUUGAUUAUUGUAAUCUUGAGCCAUGGUCACC